AUGUCAUCUCGUUCAGGUACCACCCUAUAUGUUACUGGUUUCGGCCACGGAACCCGUGCUCGCGAUCUUGCCUACGAAUUCGAACGAUACGGUCGUCUUGUCCGCUGUGACAUCCCGGCCCCUCGCACACCCUCCAGCCGGCUCUUCGCCUUUGUGGAAUAUGAGAGUCGUCGUGAUGCCGAUGAUGCUUACCACGAGAUGCACAACAAGCGUAUCGGCCGUGAUGAUCUGUUGAAGAUCGAGUGGGCACGUACUCCCCCCUCUGCUUCUUGGCGAUUCGACUCGGGCUCUGGUCGUGAUGCUGGCCGUGACUCUGGCCGCGACUCCGGCCGUGACCGUCGCCGUGAUCGCACUCCUCCCCGCCGGGGCCGCUCGCCCUCCCCUCGCCGCAGCCGUGGUGGUGACUAUUCUCCUCGCCGCGACGAUCGUUACGAACGGGACGACCGCGCCGACCGCGACUACGACCGCCGUGACCGUGACCACGAUCGCCGUGAUCGCGACCGCUCUCGCGACCGCUCUCGCAGCCCCGAUGACCGUGAACGCGAUGUCAAGGAUGACCGGGAAAAGCGCGACGAUGACCGCGAGCGCCGUGAAGAUGACCGUGACAACGCUCCCAACGGUGACGAUAGGAAAGUACCCUUGGAUCCGAUGCCUUCUGCUCAUGAUGAACUUGAUACCGCUGAGUAG